AUGGACACAUUAACGCCAGAUCAGAAACUACAGCGGCUCAUAGAUGAGUUGAAUCUCGAUGUUGAGUCGCAAAUCAUUGAUGAAAUCGAAGCUGUACUCAAAGACACAACUAGGAAAAGAGAACAUGAAUUACAACAACUUCAAGAGACUAAUAGUCGACUAUCAAAUGAGAUCCUGCAAAAGACCAGAGAAAUCACACUUUUAAGUAAGAUUAAUGAUUACAAUUAUGAAUUAAUUGAAGCAAACUCUUCUAUUGCCAAUUACGAGUUCCCUGCCACAAGAAAAGAAAUUGACAAGUCACAAAGUAUAUUCCUGGUGAUCCAGAUUAAAUUGGACGAGAUGGAGAACUUACGAAUAGGAAUCAUUAAUGAAUCAAGGAAUAUACAGACUGCCAUUACGAAUUUGACCAAUAAGGACAAUGUGUUGCAUGAUGAGCUAAAUCAACUUCAAGAAGAGCUAAAUAACCCGGAUCAAGAUGGUAUGGGCAAGGACCAGGACAAGGAAGAGGCGAGGUUGAAUGAUGGUGUAAUUCAAAAGAUUAGUCUCUAUCGACAGUUGGGUAUACGAUUAGCUACAAUGCCUAGAAAUGUCGCUGGUGGAAGUGCGAGUCAAAUAGCAGAGGUAAAUGAUGGCGACGACGGAGACGUUAUGCAAGACUUGGCAUUGGAGCAGGAUGUGAUCAUCAUCGAUAAUGGUGAGAAGGCUAAUACAUUAGUAGUGGAACCCACAGAUUCGGAAACGUUUAUUGCUGAUUAUAUAUGGGAUAAUUUGUAA